GAGCCAGCACAUCCCCUUCAGUGUAACGCGGCGCUGUGUGAGAGCACCACUAUCACUGCUCUCUCCUCUCUGGGUUUCUCUCUCCUAUUGUCCACCGACACUUUCUCACCUUCUCUCUGAUUUUCUCCCGCUCCCUCUCUUUUUCUCUUCUCUUGGUCCCUCUGCUUGCCCCUCCUCUCUCUUUGCUUUUCCUCCCUCCUCUUUCUCUAUCUCUGUGAUUCUGUCCCACAGGCAGAGAUAGGAUCUGUUCCACACAGCAUCAGCCUCACCAAGAGCCCAGACCCUGUACAGUAGCUCAGGCUGACUUGUGCCAACCCCAGAAGGAACAUCAGUGGGUGGAUGCUUGAAAGAGCCAGCGCUAGGGAGUUAAUACCACUCAGUGCUGGUGGAGGUGUGACACAGUGCAGCCCACUACACAUUGAUUCACACAGGAUUAAGCCACUGCAUGAUGCUUCAGGCGGAAGGCUUGGUGCAGGUGAUUUACUGUCCCUGUCAGACUUAACAUCUUUGGAAGCUUCGUCUGGCUUGUUCCUGUCUUCUGUGGAAGGACUAGCAAAAAAGGAUCUGCCUCUGGACCACCCAAAUCACCCAAAGGGAUGACUGGCAGUCAUCUUGCUCAGGAGUAAGAGAGGAAGCAAUGGACUGGACUAUGACUCUAAAAGAUGACUUUGGGGUCAUUGCCUGGACACGGCAAGCUGGGAACUACCUCAGUCUCUUCCUCCUUUUGUCUCUCUUUUCCAUUCCAGUCCAUUCAGACAUUGUGUUUCCUAAAGACCACCAUUUCUCAUGGAGAGCAGGCCAGUGGGGUCAGUGUAUUGGGGAGGAGUGUGGUUCUGGUGGGGUUCAAACAAGGACAAUAUGGUGCAUCCACAUGGAAGGCUGGACUACCCACCACUCUCAUUGCCAGCACAUGGACAAGCCAGAAAGCCAGAGGCAGUGCUUUAAGGUCUGCGACUGGCAUCAGAAUCUCUUUGAGUGGGAGGUGUCUGACUGGGGAAGCUGUGUUUUUGUCCCUUUCUUUUCCAAUGAGCUCAAGCUGAGGACAGCUGAGUGCAUUACAGCACAGCACGGCAUCCAGAGGCGCAAAGUCCACUGUGUACGCACUUCAAAUCGAACCACAGUCACCUCGAGGAUAUGUGAGUUCUUUUCCCAGAAACCCCCAGUGGAGCAGGCUUGCCUCAUCCCCUGCCCCCAGGACUGUGUGGUUUCAGACUUCACGUCUUGGUCAGGCUGCAGCAAAACCUGUGGUGCUGGCUUGCAGCACCGGACUCGACAUGUCCUGGCCACGCCAAUGUAUGGAGGGGCAAACUGUCCCAACCUUACUGAGACCAGGACUUGUUCUCACCCUGUCGACUGCCCUGCUGGGGAGGGUGAGUACCAGUACAGCCUUAAAGUAGGAGCCUGGAGUGAGUGCCGGCUACCCCAUCACAAGGACGCCCUGUUGAGUGGAAGGACCACAGUGGACUUCAGCACCAGCUCUAACGAGAACAACACGGUCACAUUGCACACACUGGCUGUGAACCAGCACUCCCAUCACAACCACCACCAACACCACCACCACGCUCAUGUACACAAGUACCCUAUGUCAUGGGAACUGGAGGUUGGGUACCAGACACGACAUGUCCGCUGCACACGCAGUGACGGCAAGAAUGCUAUGCUGAGUCUCUGUACCAAGGACAACUCACCCCUGACCUUCCAGGCAUGUGCGAUGCCCAAAGACUGUCAGACAUCUGAUUGGUCGCUGUGGAGUCCCUGCUCCAAGACCUGCCGGUCCACCGACCUGUCUCCUGGUUACCGUCUCCGGUCACGGAUCAUGACACAGAUCCCAGUUAGUGGGGGGAAGCGAUGCCCUGCCCUUGAGGAAAAAGAAGCAUGCAACAUCAUAGGAGAUUUACUUCCAAACUGCCCUAGAUACGUGUGGAGGACCACUGACUGGGGUGAAUGCCGCAUCCUCCCCUUACUCAACCAGCAGGACCGAAGGCUGGCCAACAUCAGUGUUCUGUGUGGCGGGGGGAUCCAGACCAGGAAAACCUACUGUGUUCAAGUCCCUGAUGACUCAGCACCGCAUCACAGGAAGGAGGUGUCCAGGCCAGUGAAUGCCAGGCUGUGUGAUGGUGAAGAGCCUCCACUGGCAGUCCAGCGCUGCUCUGUUCCCUGCCAGCACCACUGCUUGCUCUCUCAGUGGUCACCCUGGGGUGCCUGCCUACAUGACAACUGCAAAGAACCACAGGGGAGGAAAGGUUUCAGACAGAGGAGGAGAGAAGUGUUGUGGGAGUCCAGUAGUACUCUGGGGACUUGCCCUCAUCUGACGGAGUUCAUCCCGUGUGAGGAUCCCGCCUGCUACCGUUGGCAGGUCCGACAAGAGGGACGAUGCGUUCCCACCGAAGGCUCCUGUGGUCCUGGAAUUGCGGUACAGAACGUGACCUGUGUCGGCGCUAAAGGAGAAGAUGUGCCCAGCGACCUCUGUGCAGAUGACCCUCCUCUCUCAGAAGAGGCCUGUGAGGUGGCCUGUUUGGCAGACUGUGUGGUUGGCUCCUGGUCCUCCUGGUCCUCCUGCUCACACAGCUGUGCCACAAAGACUGCAGAGGGCAGACAGAGCCGCAUCCGCAGUGUGUUGGCCAUCCCAGGGAAAGAGGGGAAAUCCUGCCCAGCAGCUCCAGCCCUGGAGGAGUGGAGAGCUUGCAAUGAUCAUUCCUGCAUGGUAUUUUACUGGGAGGCCUCGCCAUGGGGUCCCUGUAUUGAGGAUAACUCUCUGGAUGUGAAUGGAACUGACUUCAUGAAUGGGACUUCUACGUGUGCUGUCGGGGUCCAGAUCCGCAAAGUUACCUGCAUGAAGAUGAAUGCUGGUGCUGUCAUAAAUAAAAGGUGCUCAGAUUCUUCUCGUCCAGAAACCGUCCAACCCUGUUUGCUUCCCUGCAAGAAAGACUGCAUUGUGACACCCUUCAGUGAAUGGACUGCCUGCCCGUCAACCUGCCUUCCAGAAAAUGCAACUGCCGCCACGCAGUCUCGCUACAGGACGAUCAUUCAGAGGUCUGCUAAUGGAGGUCAAGAGUGUCCUGACACGCUGUAUGAGGAGAGAGAGUGUGAAUCACUCCGAGAAUGUCCAGUGUAUAGGUGGAGGACACACAAGUGGCACAGCUGCACUCUGGUUCCCGAUUCUGUUCGACGAGGAUUAUCUGGACCAGCAGAAGCCUGUGGAAAUGGCUUAGAAACAAGAGGAGUCAGUUGCAUUGGGGAGAACGGAGAGUCAGCCAAUAUGACAGAGUGCCUCCGGUGGGCUGGCCCUUUGCCCCCUCAGAUCAGAGAGUGCCGCGUGGCUUGCAAGGAUGACUGCACUCUAACCGCAUGGUCCAAAUUCUCUGAGUGUGCUGGAUGCGGCAGCUCGCGGAGUCACAAACGCUCCCUCACAGGUCGCAGCAAAAAGAAGGAGCAUUGCCUGAACGAGAAGCUGUAUCCACUGGAGGAGACAGAGACGUGUCCCUGUGAUGAGUUUCUGUCUCAGCCCUAUGGGAACUGGUCUGCCUGCAUCCUCCCUGAUCCUUCAGUCCCAGGGUCCCUGCAGGGUUGGAUGAGCCACCGGGAGGUAAAGGAGUGUGGCCAAGGUCUGCGCUACAGAGCUGUGGCCUGCAUUAACCAGCAGGGACUCCUGGUUAACCCAACGCUCUGUACAGACUCGGGCUACAUUGUGGAGGUUUGCCACAUCCCUUGUCCCCUCGACUGUAAGCUAAGCGACUGGUCAGCCUGGUCGGCCUGCAGCGUAUCCUGUGGUAGCGGGUUGAAGAUCAGGUCCAAGUGGCUCAGGGAGAAAGCUUUCAAUGGGGGACGUCCAUGCCCCAAGCUGGAUUUGAAAAACCAGGUGUACGAGGCUGUGCCAUGCCACCGCGAAUGCAGCCAGUACAAGUGGAGGAUCGAGCCCUGGUCCAUUUGCACCAUCAAUGCUGUGGACGACCUGCCAGCCUGCGGAGAGGGAGUCCAAAGCCGCAAGAUCAGGUGUGUGAAGAAGGAGACAACGAGCGGGGAGGACAGCAGUGUGGAGGAUAGUCUGUGUGAUCAGGAGGAAAUGCCACCCAGAGCCCAGGUCUGCUAUUUUGCCUGCCCCAAUGACUGCGUCAUGGCACCCUGGGGACCCUGGAGCAACUGCCCUCUGCAGUGUGACCAAGGAGCAGCAAGGAACAGAAGCAGACAUAUCCUCCGCCUCCCCGCCUCAGAUAAUGCAGCCUGUCCAGAACUGGUCCAGUCAGAGCCUUGUGUCCUCAACAGUACCUGCUUCACCUACGAGUACAGAGUCUCAGGCUGGAGUACAUGCCAGCUGAGUGGAAAUGCCAUCUGUGGUCAGGGCACACGGCUGCGUCUCCUGGACUGUAUUCGCAGCGAUGGCAAGAUUAUGGAGGUGCACAAGUGUGAGAAGUUUGAUUUAAUCAACAAGUGGAGGCAGUCAGAGAGUUGCACGGUUGACUGUCCUGUCAGCUGUAUGCUCUCCGACUGGUCGCCAUGGGCAGAAUGCUCACACACCUGUGGGAGCCAAGGUCAAUCUGAGCGCAGCCGGAGAAUCCUGCAGGAGGCUCAUGAGGAGGGUCGUCCCUGUCCCAGCCAGCUCACCCAGACUAAACCGUGUCCCAUAAGGCCUUGCUAUAUGUGGGUGCUGAGCGACUGGUCUGCAUGCACUGUAGAGGGUGCAGAGUGUGGUGAAGGGUUUCGGAGUAGGAAGCUGUCAUGUGUCGUCCACUGGGGUCACUGGCAUGGGUCUCCUCCUCAGCCGGUGGAGGAGGAGCUUUGUGGAGACAUACACAGACAGAAUAUCCAACAGGAGAUGGAGCAGCCCUGCUUCGUCCCCUGUCCAGGAGACUGUCAUUUGACUGAGUGGUCAUCUUGGAGCUCUUGCCAGCUGACCUGCCUGGAGGGGCGGAGCUUUGAGACCACUGGUCGCCAAGCACGCUCCAGAGCUGUGAUCAUUCAGGUCAUGGAGAAUCAGGGCAGCUGCCCACAUCAAGUCUUUGAGACACAGCCUUGUAAAGGAGGAAAAUGCCAGAGUUACCAGUGGAGGACAGGAGGAUGGAGCAACAACGAGAGAGCAGUGUGGUGUCAGCGCUCAGAUGGUGUCAAUGUCACAGGAGGGUGUUUUGCACAAAAAAGGCCUACAACACUCAGGCACUGCCAUCCGCCGUGCACAAAACCGUUCUCACACUGCACACCGAGUGGAGUGUGUGGGUGUGAGAAGGGUUACACUGAAGUGAUGACCACGCACGGCUUCUUGGACUACUGUACCAGAACCCCGGGGGUGGACAACAACAAGAAGGCUGAUGUGAAAACUAACUCUGGAAGAUUAAAACCCGGGCCGUCUCAGGCCAAAGAUCUCUUCAAUGAGUGGACCUUACGACCUGUUGGCCCAGAUGGAAGAGUAAAGCUGUGGGUUUACGCCGUGACUGCCGUCGGAUUCAUCUUAAUACUCUUCAUUAUUGCAUUAUCAUUCCUGGUCUGUAAGCCGUCCAAAACCACUAAGGCGUCUCCUCCACCGCAGAAGCCCUUGACCUUGGCCUAUGAUGGUGACAUGGAUAUGUAACCAGGCUGCUAUACCUCACAAGGACACGCUUGGCCUCGGACCGACCCCUGACUGCGCUCAGAUUGUUAGCGAGCACAUCCGUCACAUACCACUGACUGCUGACCUGUUUGAGUGGGUGCUGGAUGUUGCAAAAAAAUUGAACAAACAGACGAAUAGCAUGUGCUCUGCUGCUGAAGGGUAAUGUAGCCUAGAACUUUGGCUAUAGCCAACUCUCCUCCUGAUAGAAGAGGAACCAAAGCUGAUCAAACGAGACACGGACCUCUAGUUUCUUUUUUUUUUUUUAACUGCUUGCAACAUGAACACACAGUUGAAGCACUGUUUGCAAUCUACAGAACAAGAAGACUCCCAAACAGUGAAGACAGUGAUUCCACAAGUGUUGAUUUUGUUUGGAGGUUGUUUUUUUUUAUGCGUCAAGAAUCGACGGGACCACCUGGCUUUCUGUCUCAUAAUUGUGUCGCGAAGGACACAGAGUAUCGAUCAUGAUAUUCAAAGGGCCUGCGAUGGAACACUUUGUCUCAUCAGCGCUGGAUCUUUGCGAAAGGAAAUGUCACAAGCCUUUUGGGUAAACUAAACAGCCUUUUUUUGAAUUUCUGAGAAUAAACAAGAUGGUCUAUGCACUACGUUAGUGCUGAUUCAGUUUUGAUGUUCCUUUCAAAUGACUUUUCUAGUGUUAUAAUUGUAAUGCAAGUUUUUGCUGUCAGACUGUGUUUUGUUGAUGAUGCCAUAUGUUGUGUAUAUGUGGAAACCAAAAGCAAGCUUGCCUUGAGUUUUACAAUACAACGAUGCAGUAAUGUCUCCUCCCUAACGCUCAUAAGACACUCGGCCACUGAGGACAAACUGAAGUGAUAACCUCACAAAAAUGUAAUUUCCACCGAAAAAAAAUGGCAGACUAUUUUGGUGACGAGCGCAGUCCAGAAUGACAGAAAACAACAUACACAGACCUUUAAUGCAAAUCAAAUUAAAUACCAGCAUGAUAAUGAUCAUACCUCAUACACACACUGUCAAUAAAUGCAAAACAAUAAAAAGCACUGAUCACCAAAACACAUAGGAGGAUAGAAAGGAAAAAUUAUCCACUGGAUCACACACAGUGUCUUUAAUAGAGCAAAAAAAAAAAAUGCUUUAUGCUUUUGUCACAAGGAUGUCAUUCUCCAUUCAUGCUGUUUUACCACAAGUUAUUUCUUACUUGAAAUUAAAUACAAGGUCAGCUGGCACAGAGCAAAGCAGACUAGUUCUGACAGUAUUGUGUUCUUUUCUUGCUGUUUUUUCAUGAUUUCACCAUGAAUACAGGGCUCAAAACAUGAAAGACUGCAAAUACCAAAUAUUUGUGAGCAUGUAUUCAUUAUUUGGGCUUCUUCCUAUCUGAAUUCCUCUGUAUUUGUUUCUUUUAUUCAGCCCUAAGGGUUUUUUACCAUCAUAUUUUCACUUAGAGUGCAAGGCACCCACCGUUUUUUAUUACCAGAGCAUUAAUCCAAAGCAUCGCUGUAGAUUUUUCACUUUUGAUUUACCUUUCUUGGCAUCAUUCAGACAUGGAUCCUUUAGUGCAUUAUUCAUACAACCCAGUGGAGAAUUAGGUUCCUAAUAUUUGGUGAUGUGGGCGCUGACCCAAGUUUGUGCUGUUUCUCGUUCUGCCUCCACAAACGAAGAUUUGGUCUUGAGCUAUCUGACCUCCUUCUGAAUGUAUUUUACCAGUAACUCUAUAAUCCUUACAGCUGUGCAAAUACGGUUGUUACAUGUUGCAAUGACUGUAGUUCAACGGCUGACUGUAUGUAGGCAUGCUUGAUCCAUUUUGGCAGAAAGUGCUCCAAGUGGCCUUGCAAAGAUUCUGUUCAACAAGUUGCCAAACGUUUUAGAGUAGUUUUUUUUAGGCAGUAUUUCUAAUAUUUGGCCAACCAAGGGACAUAGGGUUAAUGUUAAAGCCCGAUUAUAAAAUAACUUUUCCUUUUUCGAUAACUCAAAAUUUCAGAAGUUCUGGUCACAUUUGUGAACCAAUUACAGCCAAACUUUGACCAGACAAGAGAACUCUGGUAUGGGUUUUGUCCCAGAAAUCUAAAAUAUGUUCACCCAUUGUUUACAGUACCAUGCUAUUUGUGUUACUAUUGUGUGUACAUGGAGAACUGGACAAAAAUGCAAAUAAAUUGUGGAACCAUGUGAAAACAAA